AUGCCGGUCACUGGCGCGCCAAAAGUUAGACGUGCCGCUGAUCCGAGAGCACACGCGGCCGCACCGCCCGCCAGGAGCGAUACUCCCGGUACGAGCGGCGCUCGCGUCCCGAGCGGCAGUCUCGCCAAGAGCAGUCCUGCUGCCACGAGCAACCCUGCCGCCACGAGCAGUCCUGCCGCCAAGAGCAAUCCUGCCAACAAAGGCAAUCCUGUCGUCAAGAGCAGUCCUGUCGUCAAGAGCAGUCCUGCCGCUAGGAGCGAGGCUUCCGUUCAGAGCAGGACUACUGUUCAGAGCAACACUACCGGUCAGAGGAACGCUACAGGUCAGAGUAACACUACCGGUCAGAGCGGCAAUCACGUUAAGAGCGACACUCCCGUUCGCAAGUUCGAGGAUAUCGAGAAGGAUGCAAUUGAGUCUGUAAAACAACUGAAGAUAGAGGCCAAGAAUUCCUACAAAACGAACUGCGAUGAAUGCAAGAGCGUUAAAAAAAGCAAGGAAUUUCGAUAUGGCGGCCGGUUCCUUCACAAUAGAGAGCAUUUCGAGCAUCUGAGCCUCUUCAAGGUGGCGCAGCAGGCCCCGAAGGGAGCUCACCUCCAUAUCCAUCUCAAUGCCUGCUUGGAACCUGCAUUCCUCCUAGAGCUCGCCGCUUCCGAAGAGCUCAAGAACAACAUGUACAUCUCCGUAAACCUCCAAGAUGCGGGCAAAGUUCAAAAAAUGCGGAACAAGCGCAGCGAAGCAAAGAAAAAGGCAGAUGAAGCAAGGGAAAAGGCAGAUAAAGAAAAGAAAAAAGCAGAGGAAAGAGGACUACCUGCCCCUGCCCCCGCUCCUAUCCCUAACGACAAGGUCGAGAAUGAGUACCCAGAGCCGCUUACGGACGCCAAUAUCGACAAGGCGAAAUUCCAAUUUCACUUCCUGCCGUACGGGUGGGACAGCCUCCACACGCGCAGUCUUUUUGAUCCCAAAUAUCAUGGCCGUAUCGAACCCACGGAGAAGGCCGAGGACAAGACCUACGACGUGAUGAAGUUCACCCAUUUCCUUAGAGCCUUUGAUACACAUAUCCACAAGGACAGUGACCCGAAUCGCAGGAACGCGAAGGGCGAAUAUGUUCCGGGCUACAAAGGUCGCCGGCCCGAAGUUCGUUGCAUGGACUGGCUAAUCAAGAGGCUGGUCUUCCAGGAGGGUGAGGUGGUGUUCACGGAGGACCAGGAUGAAAAGGCCAAGAAGGCUGAACCUGCGGCUAUCGAAAGGCAAUGGGCCAUGUUCAAUACGCGCACCCAGAUGAUGAAGGGCCUCUUCCUGGCCGAGACUGCGUACCGCGAGUAUCUCCGAGCACUUUUUUCGUCGUUUGAAAAAGACAAAAUUCAGUACGCCGAACUGCGUCCGAACUUCAUGGCGGCAAAUUCGGUUAUUCGCACCUCAAAGGAGUACCGGAAAUCAAUUAAGAAAGAUGCAAAAGAUCCCGGGGACUUCUCAUUUGACCCUACGAAAACGAUGAACAACAGGGCGAUCAUGGAUAUGAUCAUUGGAGAAUUCAACAGAUGGCGGAAAGCAAACCCCGGGGCAACCUUUAAGUCUAUGAAAGUUAUCAUGUGCACACCUCGGUCCCGUGGGUACCCGAUCAAAUUCAUCGAGGCCACUAUGCAAGAGUGCCUCGACAUGAAGCAGGAGGAAAAGUACAAGAACUGGAUUGCCGGCUUUGACUUCGUCGGUCCCGAGUUUGAGGGCCGCACCCUCGAAGAACUCGCUCCCCAGUUUGACAAGUUCAAGGAACCUUACAAGAAAGCCGAGCUGAAGUUCAUCCUCCACUGCGGCGAGAGCGUCUAUGACAAGCCCACUAUUGACAAGCCUAAGAAAGGCGACCGUUGGGAGGGCAACCUGAAGUGGGCCUUGGACAAUCUGGAACCCCAUCGGCUCGCGCACGGCUACGCGAUCAAGAACGCCAAUCUCAGCCAGCAAGCCAUGGCGAAGCUGCGGAAGUGCGGUAUCGAGACCUGCCCGAGCUCGAACGAGAUCCUGGGGCUGGCUUAUGAUGCGAGAUAUGCGGCAGUGUAUUCGCUCAGGAGUAUGGAUAUCCCUUGCUCGGUGUCGUGUGAUAAUCCGACUUUGUUCAAUUCAACUCUUUCCCACGAGUUCUACCAAGUCAUGGUGGGCAAGGACGACUUCGGGCUUGAGGACUGGAAGGAGCUCAUGACGGACAGCCUCGAGCAUUCUGUGUGGAAUGGUAAGGACAAUGGUAAGGACGACACAGUCAGAAAAAUGGUGCGGGCUGAAUGGGAGGCUCGAUGGAAAGAGUUCGUGAAGUGGAUUGUAGCUACCUACCCCCCCAAAAAGGGGUCCAAGACAUCAUCAUAA